UGCCGAGGAGAAGCGGAGAGGAUACUGGUUUGGGGUGUCUGUUGAGUGUGAUAUCAACAAUUUGUUCUGCUACAAUGGGUGAACCUCAGCAAGUGAGUGCCCUCCCUCCACCUCCAAUGCAAUAUAUAAAAGAAUAUACUGAUGAAAAUAUUCGGAAAGGUAUAGCUCCUAAGCCUCCACCACCUAUUAAAGAUAGCUAUAUGAUGUUUGGAAAUCAGUUCCAGUGUGAUGACUUAAUUAUUCGACCAUUAGAAAGCCAGGGUAUUGAACGAUUGCAUCCCAUGCAGUUUGAUCAUAAAAAGGAGCUAAGGAAACUCAAUAUGUCUAUCCUGGUCAACUUCUUAGAUCUCUUGGAUAUAUUAAUAAGAAGCCCAGGCAGCAUUAAAAGAGAAGAGAAACUGGAAGAUUUAAAACUGCUAUUUGUUCAUGUACAUCACCUUAUAAAUGAAUAUAGACCUCACCAAGCCAGAGAGACUUUGAGAGUCAUGAUGGAAGUGCAGAAACGUCAGCGUCUAGAAACUGCAGAGAGAUUUCAGAAACAUCUAGAACGAGUUGUUGAAAUGAUUCAGAAUUGCUUGGCUUCUCUGCCAGAAGAUUUACCUCACUCAGAUGGAGGAAUGAGAAUAAAAGCUGAACCAAUGGACACCGAAGACAGCAUAAACUGUACUGGAUUGAAUGAACAGCAAAGAACAGUCUCUAGUGUAAAAAAAGAUCAGGUUUUAGAUAAAGAUGCUAACAUGUGUAGCAUUAUUGAUGAAAUGACAUGAAAAAGCUUUGGGAGUUGUGAUUUUCAGGGAACCUGCAACUGAUGCUAAGAAAUUAGAAUAUGUGGUUUCUUUUCCUUUUGCUAUGAUAAUUUAAGCAGUAAUGGAACACAGUGUAUAAAUCAGUAAAUAUUGAUAAUUUAUUUGUUUAGUUUUUGCAUGUAUAUCUAUGCUUGACUUUAAAGAACCAUCAAUCUUACUGAUAACUUUACCUGUUAUGCUGACUAUGCAAUUCAUCAGUAUCCAAAUUUUGCUGAUGGCCAUUUAUUGAAAUAUGGUAAGUAGUUUAAGGAAUUUAAAUACAUGUGGUGAUUCCUUAUUUAGGUUAAAUUAAAAGACACAGCAAUAUUGUUAUAUAUACAAAUUGGAAGUAAAAACAGUAAAAAAUUGUUAUGAAUUGUGAAUUAAAGCAACUGCUUCUGAAGGUAAGGAAGCUUGCAGCUAACAUUAAAAAGAAUGAAAUUCUAAAUUCUUUGAGAUAACUGUCUUUAAAAUAUUUAACAGAAGAUUUGAUCCAAAUUAGCCUUGUAUUUUGCAGGAUGAGCCAUAUUGCUUCCUUCUGAUUUAAAUAUACAACAAUUUGGGUUGUAAAAGUUGUUCCUCAGAUGAUAACUGCUUGUUAAUGCUGACUUAAGUAUAUUUGAACUACUGCAUUGAAAUCUUUGUGUCCGUAUGUGUUUACUAAAGAACUGGAAAUAUGUAAACAGCAUUUCCAUAGUAUGUAUAUAUUCAAUAUUUAUAUCACAUACCAUGCACUUAAAACAUUUCUAUUUUUCCCCUAAUUUCUAAAUUUCUGUACAAUUGGGAAAAGUUUCUACAGAAAGAUGAUUAUUAUGGGCCAAGAAAAAAUAGUUCCAAGAACAAAUACUAACAUAUACAUACCAAAGAACAAAUUAAGUUGUGUAUGUUACAAGGUAAUGAGAUUAUUUUUGAUCUCUGAAGAUUCAAUAAUUCAAUUUUCCCAAAUUCCAUUAUUUACUGGGGAAAAUGUGAGGUUGGCAGACAUUUUUCCUGACUGCAAUCUUUAUAGAAUUUUUACUUUGCUAGUAUGGUGUAACCAGAGGUGAUUUUGUACCAAUUAAAAGUAUUAGAGAAAGUCAGUAAUGUUUUGCUUCUAUUUAUCCCCACCACCAUGAUUUUAUUUCUUUAUACCAUAUAUCAUGCA